UUAGAUCACUGGUGAGAGCCAGGCAUCCCAGCACGGCACAGCUGUACUCAAGCAGGUAAGAGUCUAGCAAAUGCAUCCAGAAAAAAGUUUUUCCAGAGUUCCCUCAUUAACUGCUUUGGUUGAUGCCAUGGAUUUACAUAUUUUUUUAAGCCCAAACCCUUCCAUACAUCAUUCUUAAAGAAUUAAAACCUGUCAGACCUUUCUCACCACACUGACCCUCAUGAUCUUCCCCACCUUUUGUUAUUUCUCUCUCCCCCACAGACGUUCUUGAACCCCUUCAUCAUGUCUCACACCAAGUCCUCCAACCACGGCACCGAUGCCAAAGAUAAGGGUCCUGGUCCCGCUGCCACCAGCAAGAUUUCCAAGACUGGAGAUCCAGGAAUGAUGGGUAACUACAAAAUCUUCCUGUUCGACCAGGAGAAUUUUCAGGGUAGGAUGAUGGAGGUCCAGAAUGAGUGCAUGAAUGUUUCUGAACGUGGAAUGGACAGAGUUCGCAGUAUCAUUGUUGAGUGCGGCCCCUUUGUUGCCUUCGAGCAGUCUAACUUCCGUGGUGAGAUGUUCAUCCUGGAGAAGGGAGAGUAUCCUCGCUGGGACACCUGGUCAAACAGCUACCGCAGUGAUUGUCUCAUGUCCUUCAGACCCAUCCGCAUGGAUCCCAUGGAACACAAGAUCUGCAUGUACGAGCUGUCCGACUUCCAGGGCAACAAGAUGGAGAUCCAGGAGGAUGAUGUUCCUACCCUGUGGGCGCAUGGCUUCUGCGACAGAGUGGGCAGCGUGAAGGUCUACGGUGGAGCUUGGGUGGGAUACCAGUAUCCUGGCUACAGAGGAUACCAGUAUCUGUUUGAGAGUGGCGACUACAGACACUACAAUGAGUUUUCCGCCUUCCAGCCCCAGAUUCAGUCCAUGCGCCGUGUGAGGGAUAUGCAGUUCCACCAGCGCGGCUGUUUUAAUCUGACCACCGCUAAACAGUGA